UGAUAGAGAGACUCUCAGACCUGUCUUUGUUGUUGUUGGGUUCAGUUUCUGUUCGUGUCCAAACAUUAACCUCGAGUCUUGCCCUCCUCCGUGUCUAUCCACGCCCGAAUCCGAAAGUUUUCAACACAGAGAAAAGCUUAAAGCUCUGGUAGUAGUAAUGGCGGGAUUGGCAAUUUCACCUCCUCUGAGUCUUACCUUCUCUUCUCGAACUAGAAACGCUAAACCCACUUCGUAUCUAUCUCACAAUCAAAGAAAUCUUACAAGGCGUAUAGUUUCUGCUCUUCCAAGUCCGUAUGGUGAUUCAUUGAAAGCUGGACUUUCGAGUAAUGUCUCUGGCAACAAGGAUCCUCGUAACAUUGCUCCAAGAUCUGGAGUUAUAGUGGCGAAGAAAGGAAACCCGCCUGUAAUGCCAUCAGUGAUGACCCCUGGAGGACCUUUGGACCUCUCUUCAGUGUUAUUCCGUAACCGCAUAAUCUUCAUCGGACAACCAAUCAACGCACAGGUUGCUCAGCGUGUCAUAUCUCAGCUUGUAACCCUCGCUUCUAUUGAUGAUAAAUCCGACAUCUUGAUUUACUUGAAUUGUCCUGGAGGCAGUACUUACUCGGUCUUAGCAAUCUAUGACUGUAUGUCUUGGAUAAAGCCUAAAGUUGGAACAGUAGCGUUUGGAGUAGCAGCGAGUCAAGGAGCACUUCUUCUUGCUGGAGGUGAGAAAGGGAUGCGCUAUGCAAUGCCAAACACUCGUGUCAUGAUCCAUCAACCUCAAACUGGAUGCGGAGGACAUGUGGAGGACGUGAGGAGACAGGUGAAUGAAGCCAUCGAAGCCAGACAAAAAAUUGACAGGAUGUAUGCAGCUUUCACUGGACAAACUCUUGAGACAGUGCAGCAAUACACUGAAAGAGAUCGUUUCCUAUCCGCUUCUGAGGCGCUUGAAUUUGGGCUUAUCGAUGGUCUAUUGGAAACAGAAUACUGAAGCAACAUGCAAGACAUUGCAUAGAUGCAGCUUAUAGCGAUGUUCAGACUUUCCCAUUUCAUUUGAAUAUGAAAAGUUGUAACCAAUCUGAAAACUUAUGUUCUAUUUCGGUUCAGCUUUUUACUAUUCAGUUAUGUAAUCAAAUUCUAUGCAAUGAACUCUGUAGCAUUACUGGUUGUCAGAACAAAAUGUGAACAAAUUUGCAAUAAUGGUGGCAGCACUAGAUUAGUAA